ACGAAAUCGGGAGGGUUUGGUUUUGGUGCUCGAUGUUGGUCCUGCGAUGCAUAGUGUUCUCCCAGAUGUUGAAAAGGCAUGUUCAAUGCUACUGCAGAAGAAGUUGAUUUACAACAAGUAUGAUGAAGUUGGAAUUGUUGUAUUUGGAACUGAAGAAACCGGAAACGAGCUUGCUAGGGAAAUAGGUGGAUAUGAGAAUGUUACGGUUUUAAGGAAUAUCAGAGUUGUUGAUGAAGUAGUGGCUGAGCAUGUAAAACAGCUCCCUCGAGGAACCGUAGCUGGUGAUUUUCUUGAUGCUUUAAUUGUUGGGAUGGAUAUGCUUAUAAAGAUGUAUGGUAAUGCACAAAAGGGGAAAAAACGGUUGUGUCUCAUCACGAAUGCAGCUUGUCCUACCAAAGAUCCAUUUGAAGGGACGAAAGAUGAUCAAGUCAGCACUAUCGCUAUGAAAAUGGCUGCGGAGGGUAUUAAGAUGGAAAGCAUUGUUAUGAGGUCCAAUUUAAAUGGUGAUGCUCAUGAGAGAGUAAUAGAGGAGAAUGAUCAUCUGUUGAAUUUAUUCUCCAGCAACGCGAUUGCCAAAACAGUGAAUGUUGAGAGUCCACUCUCACUGCUUGGUUCCUUAAAGACUCGGAGGGUUGCUCCAGUUACUUUAUUCAGGGGUGACCUUGAAAUUAACCCAACAAUGAAGAUUAAGGUGUGGGUUUAUAAGAAAGUGGCUGAGGAGAGACUUCCCACUCUAAAAAUGUAUUCUGACAAAGCGCCUCCAACUGACAAGUUUGCCAAACAUGAAGUGAAAAUUGAUUAUGAUUACAAAGUUACUGCAGAAUCUACUGAGGUUAUUGCUCCAGAAGAAAGGAUCAAGGGCUUUCGCUAUGGACGUCAGGUUAUUCCUAUAUCACCAGAUCAAAUAGAAACACUCAAGUUUAAAACUGACAAAGGCAUGAAGCUUCUGGGAUUUACUGAGGCGUCAAACAUACUGCGACAUUAUUACAUGAAAGACGUGAAUAUAGUUGUUCCUGACCCGAGCAAAGAAAAAUCUGUUCUUGCCGUCUCAGCCAUUGCCAGAGAAAUGAAGCAAAUAAACAUGGUAGCAAUUGUACGUUGUGUCUGGAGAAAUGGACAAAGCAAUGCUGUUGUUGGGGUCCUGACUCCAAAUGUGUCUGAAAGAGAUGAUACCCCUGAUUCAUUUUACUUCAACGUGCUUCCUUUCGCCGAGGAUGUCCGCGAGUUCCCAUUUCCUUCUUUUAACAAACUUCCUUCAUCAUGGAAGCCAGAUGAACAACAGCAAGCAGUAGCAGAUAAUUUGGUUAAGAUGCUUGACCUUGCACCUUCUGCGAAAGAGGAAGUACUAAAGCCUGAUCUCACUCCUAACCCAGUUUUGCAGCGGUUUUAUGAAUACCUUGAGUUGAAAUCGAAAUCCACGGAUGCUGCUUUACCUCCUAUGGAUGAAACUUUCAAAAGACUUAUAGAGCAAGAUCCUGAACUCAUUUCCAACAAUAAAUCCAUAAUGGAUUCGUUUCGUGGAAGUUUUGAAGUCAAGGAGAAUCCAAAGUUGAAGAAGGCUUCUAAGAGAUUGUUACGAGAUAAACCAUCGGGUUCAGAUGAUGAAGACAAUCGCAUGAUUACUUAUGAACCUAAUGAGAAAAAAAUUGAUGUAGUCGGAGAUGCAAACCCAAUUCAAGAUUUUGAAGCCAUGAUAUCCCGCAGAGAUAAAACUGAUUGGUCCGAGAAAGCAAUCACACAAAUGAAAAACCUAAUAAUGAAGCUCGUAGAAAAUUGUACCGAUGAGGGUGACAAAGCAUUGGAAUGUGUACUCGCUCUUCGUAAAGGCUGCGUCUUGGAACAGGAACCAAAGCAAUUCAAUGAGUUCUUGAAUCAUCUAUUCAAGUUAUGCCAAGAAAGAAAAUUAUGUCAUCUUCUCGAACAUUUCACGUCAAAGAAGAUCACGUUGAUUCCCAAAUCCGAAGCAGCGGACAGUGAUGUGGUAGACGAGAACGCUGGAGAUUUCACUGUUAAACAAGAGCCAAUGCUCGAGAGCUAACAAAAUCUUCGUUACCACUAACUGAUCUUGUGACUGUUUUGUCCAAAACGUCACCGUUUUCUUUAUGACUUUUGCCUGUUUGAAGAGCUCUGCAGUUUUUUUUGUUUGAUAUCAAGAACUCAGGCAAAUUUGUUAUUAGUUA